UGAUAACAAACAAAUUAGUUGUUAUUCAAACUUAAAAUCAAACACUUUACUUAAUUUACUUAUUAUAUUGCUUUAAUAAAAUAAUGGCAAAAUUAUUUCAACAAAUUUUCUUAGUAUUCGCCAUCGUUUUGGCUUUUGUGGUGACCAUACAAGCUCAAGGCAAACAGUGUCCCCCUAACCAAGAAUGGAAAACCUGUGGCACUGCCUGUCCUGCUAAGUGUGGUGAACCUGCUCCCAAAUUCUGUACUUAUCAAUGUAUUGUUGGCUGCCAGUGCAAGGAUGGCUUUAUGCUAAAGUCCAAUGGUCAAUGUGUGGCCACAAGAGAUUGUUAAUUAAUGGAACUGUAUUGAAUUGUUAUUGAAAUUAAAAAAAAAAAUAAAUGUUAUUAUGAAAAGUUUAAAA